CUGGAGAUGUAGACGCUGUCAAAUCAAACUAAGAAGACAAGCCGAUGAAUCGAAGCAUGCUUUAUCUUUGUCAGAAUGGCUGAUGCCAGCAGCCCCAGCAGGCAUGGGAGAGACUUGGCUGAUUAUCUGGGGAAACACAGAAGACAACAGAAACAAGGAUAUGCAUCUCCCAAGAAAAGUGCUCAAGUAUCCAGAGAUACACAAGAGAUGCCUCGUCUUGAAAAACUUCGGCUCAGAGAUGCAUCACCCCCAUCAUCAUCCUCCUCCUCCCCAUCAAGAGGAGCAAGAAUAAAACCAAUGCUCGAUUCUUCAUCUCAGUCAGUCAAGAGGGGUACCUCUGCUCCCCUUCCAGCCAAUGGAAGGGGCAGGGGACGAGGGGUGAGACCUGUGGGCAGACUUAAUCAACAGCCAGUCAGGAGCUUCAAGAGAAAGGCUACUAUGGACGACCUGCCAACAGAAGUCCUGUUACAUGUAUUCAGCUUCCUGCCUCCCAGUGACCUUUUGACCUGUGUGUGCAUCAAUCGACAAUGGAUGGAGCUUGCCAGUGAUAAUGUACUUUGGCAGCCCCUCUAUCAACGCUAUGCAACUCGGCCAUCAAGCAAGACGCCAUCGACCAAGAAGGAGACUAAACCCAACCUAGUCUACUCCCUACAUGCCGACAUCAGGUGGAAGAAAGCUUGCAUAAAAGAAUGUAUUGAGAAGAGAAAUUCACGUAUCUCAACUUUACUCAAGAAGAAACACCCAUUCUCUUUUCUGCCUGCCAACACAGAGAAGACGAUUCAAAAGCUUGGCAUUCAGUGGCAACUGGUCUUCACAGACGCCAACAAGACUGAACACCGCUUCAACCAUUCCGAUGCAUUCCACUUCCACACCUCAUCCUCUGUCAGAUGGUACAGCCUUGACCCUCCUCCCGUCACCUCCCUAAGAUGCCUGGCCAUCUAUGCACAAGCACCCAUCUUCUUCAAUAAAGAUGGGUCGGCUGCUAAGAACAGUCCAUGCCAACGUGCUCUACUACUAGAACAGAGAAUCAAACCAAGUGACCUUACCAAACACCCAAUCGUUAAGAGUGACGCUAUCAACGUGUAUACUAUCGAUGGAGGAAUCAUAUUAGCAACAUGGAAGGAAGGAGGGGAGGUGGCCUUUGUCUCUUUAUGUCUUCACCAUCAUGGUAUCAUACAACGUGCUGUCUACGGAACAUCAGAAAGAAUGCAUAUCCCUGCUGCCAUCAAACCAAAACCUGAUGACGUGGAUUCUGAAUAUGGUUUACAUGAUUACACCUGUAUCAUGGAGUUAAGAAACCAGAGGACAUCAUUCUGGAGUCAACAGUUCUUGAGACUACACGCAAACAAGCAAGAAAAGGUUGAUGGCUUUAUAAGAUUCAGCCCUGUGAGAGGGGAUGUCUUAACUGAUCACUCUUAUACCACCAAGAAGAUACAGUUUCCAUGGAAGACGGAUGUAUUUAAGGGAAUUAUCCAGGAUUUUGCUGUACUAGAUUGCACCAUCUUUGACGAGUUCCAGCAACUAAUGUGGUGCAUCAGUUCUCCUGUAAUGAUAUCACCUGAUGAAAAUGCACCUGUUACUAUGGAGUAUGAUGGAGAGCCCUACGUCAUUAAUCAUUCAGCUCACAAGGGUCAUGUGGAGAUACGCACGUUCUGGAUCCCUGAUCGUGGGCAGCACAUCAUGGUCGCUGUAAACAUCGAUAUAGCCGUGAAGACGAUCAAUGAUUGGUUUGGAACCCGCUACUAGCAUCCUGCGUGUCCCACAGUUCUCUGAUGGUGCAUUAGCUGGCAUAGUUCAUCUCUUCUUUCAUUCCAUCACACCGUGGUCGCUGUCAACAUGAAUAUAGCCGUGAGGACGAUAAAUGAUUGGUUUGGAACUCACUACUAGCGUCCUGCGUGUCACACAGUUCUCUGAUGGUACAUUAGCUGGCAUAGUUCAUCUCUUCUUUCAUUCCAUUUCAGUACUAGAAAAUAAUGCUCAAAUGUCUACCGAUGUUACAUUGUGUGUAGGUUCAUUGCCGUCCUCGGAGCAUAAUAGUAAACCGAGAAUUUUGUCAGUUUACGAACAUUAUACAUCUUGACGUGUAGCUUUAAAAGAUAUUAAGUGUGUGAUUUGUAAUACAUAGAGAUAUAUAUAUUUAUAAGUGUAA